GUUCAUUUUUGCCGGCGCAGUUCUUUGUAAAAAUGCUGUAUUAUCAAAAUGUCUGACUUAAAUGAUGACUUAUUAAAUUAUGAUAUAGGAGAUGUUAUAGAUGAUCAGGUCUUAAUAGGAGCUGAUGAAGAUGAACUAUUGCUGUCAGAUGAUGAUUUAGAAAAAGAUGUUUCUAAGGAAGAAAAACAAAAAUUAAAAUCUGAAGCUGAGGAAUGGGUCAAAACACAAAUUAAAGAUAAACCUAAAAAAGCAACAAAACAAGUUGUUGCAGAACAAAAAACAAUUGAAACAACUAAAACCUGCCAGACAGAAAAUUCAAAAAAUGAAGUUAAUAAAGUACAAGAAAGUUCCGCUAAGGAACAGCAACAACAAACAGAAAUUACAAAGCAAGAAGUUGCAACAGCAGCAACCUCAUCUACAAUUACACAAGAAUUUAAAGCUCCAGCUGAACAAACAAAUAACACAACUAGUAAUAAUGUGGAAACAAAUGCUAGUACAGUAAUUGCAACAACAGCAUCUGUGGAAAAUUUAAGCAAUUCCAAUAAAGAAAUGGAAUUGGAUCAAACGUCAAAUAUUUCUAAUUCUGCCGCAAGUUUAACAAAUGAUUCUUGUGGCUCUUCGGUAAUACAAAGUUCUCAGGAAAGUGCAAGUGUUACCAUGAGUCAUAGUGAUGUAUCCGAUCCUCGUGAAGACUAUGAGGAAGAACGUGAAGAACGUACAAAUAUAAAAACUACAAGUGAACGGGAGUCCUUUGAUCACGGCACAGAACAUUCGCCAGAAAAAUCUGUAAAUCGUUAUGUUUAUCAUCAAAAAAGAAAUGGUGCUCCGCUAAUACGUGGCCACCCUCUACGAGGUCCUGCUCCUCCUUUCCAACGUCCCCUGUUACGUUUCCCUCCUCACGGUAAUAUAUCCUUGCUAGCACCAUCGCCCUUUACACACUUGGGCGGUUUAGCAACAGUUACACUAACACAUCCCAAUACAAAUCCUCUUAUUCCAGGUCAACCAUUUCCACCACCAAAUCAACAACCUAACACAAAUCCUUUUGCACCACAACCUCCACCCAAUUCCCUACAGAAUACACCUCACGGCCCUAUGGCGGGACCAAAUCAUGACCCAAAUAAUCCUCAUCAUAGGCCCCGGCAUCCAUUUGGUUUUCGUCCCGGUCCCAUGGCAGGUUUUCGUCAUCCCAAUCCUUCGGGCAUGUAUUCACAAGUGCCGCAUGAUUACAAUGGUGGCCAGGGACCGGGCGGCUUUAACCAGCAUCAAUUUGGUGGUCCACGUAAUGUUUUUAGACCAGAAGGUCCAAUGGGUUUACCGCCUGGUAUGCGUCCCGGCAUGCGCAUGCAAAGACCUCCCCUACAAGCUUUACCACCUCAUGCUAUGCCUAACCAGGGUAAUUUUAUUAAUGCUCCUCCCCAUCAGAUAAGGCCAGCUGGUCCGGGACCACAACCACCUCCCGGGGCCCCUACCGUAACCGGUCAAACUCCUCCCGUCUCAAGCCAACCUCCAGCUGGUCAAAUGCCAGCAGCUGCUCCUGCGUUAGCUCCACGUAAAGUUCUUAUUAAUCCUAAUUUUAAGGGGGGUGUUGAAGCAGCCACUAGUAAAUUUAUACAAGAAACCCAAUACAUGAAUGCCAUAAAUCCACAUGUACCCCGGGUACAGAGUGAUGAGGAGCUAUUGCGUCAACAGGAGGAAUUCAUUAAUAAAAAUCGUGAGCACAUUGAAAAACGGCGUCAUGCCAGAGAUGUUUCCCCCGCAAGACGUUCCCGCAGUCGUAGUCGUUCACGCUCUCGUUCACGUUCACCACGUAGUGUUUCACGUGAACGUAGCUAUACACCACCCAAACGUCAUCCUAACGGUGGUCCCAAUAAUCGUAACGAUCGUUUUGAUAGAGAACGUGAUCGCGAUCGUGAUAGAGGUGAUCGUGAACGUCCUUCCAAUGAUGAUAAGAAUACACGCAUGGGCAGAGCUGGCAGCAGGGAUCGUGAAGAUCGUGACAGAGAUCGUAAUCGUCCAAUGAGUGGUUAUAAUAAUAACAACAAUCGUCAGGGCGCUAAUCGUUUUAGACGUGCCAAUAGUCGUGAUCGUGAUUAUGAGAAUCGUAAUCAAGGUGGUGGUGGCAGUGGCGGUGGUAAUUAUGGAAAACGUCGUCGUAGUAACUCUCCCUCACCGGGUAAUCGUGGCGGAGGUGGUAAUUUUGGUGGCAACAGAGGUGGACGCUAUAAUAAUGAUCGUGAUAAAUCAGAGGUUGAGGAAGAUGAAGAAACACGUGCCUACCGCUUGCAAAUUGAAAAACAAAAAGCUUUACGAGAACAAAUUAUGCGUGACAAAGAAAUGAAACGUCGAAGAGCUGCUGAAGAAAAACAAUAUGAGGAAAAACGUAGUGGUGGACCACAACAAAAAGAUGAUACGCCUCCACAAACGGCAAAUCAAACGCAACAGCAGCAGCAGAACUCACAAAAAUUAAAAGAAGUAGUAGCGGAACGUAAAAUUAUAUCGUUGAAAAAACGACCAGCCGCCGAACACAAUGAUAAUGAAGAGCCACAAGGUAGAGCCACAACAACACAAAGAAAAACCAUACCAACGGCUAAAAUUUUGCCAGAAGCUAAGAAAACCUUAACAGAUCAUUUGUCACACAAUACAACGAGUGGAGAACGUGGUGGUGGUGGUGGCAGUGGCGCUUCAAAUAGUAUUAGCCAAAAUACUGCUAUUAUAAAGCCGGUAUUAAAAAAAGAUUCCUCAUCAUCUUCAGCUACGGUGGCAGCUAUAAAACCUCAACCUCAUCAACAAUCACAGUCGCAUUCACGACGCAUAUCUUCACACAGUGAGGAUGAAGUACAGUUAGACUAUGAUGAAGAUGAUCUUUUAUUAGAUGAAGAGGAAAUGCUAUUAGCUUCGCCAGAACCCACACCUCCACGGGAAAUUGCCUCUAAACAGCGCAUAGAAUCGCGUACACCCUCACCCGAGCCUAAUGUUAAAUCGCAUAAUAUUGCCAGAAAAGCUAUGAAUGCCAGAGGUGGUAACAGUGCCAGCAGUGGUGGAGGAGGUGGUGGUGGAGGUAGUGGUAAUCAUGGUACUUCAAAGACCAGCUUUAGUUCUAACAAUCGUAGAGUCGUUUUAAAAACCUCUUCAAGUACUUCAGGUUCAACGACUUCAUCAUCGAAUACUACUACUAGAGGAGGCCGUGAUAUGGGCUCUUCAAGCAGUAGUAGCAAUUCACGUAGAGCUAUUUUUGAACGUUUAGAUAUACGCAACAGUAGUAGACAACAGUCACCCUCAACAGCUGGCUCAAGUUCUGGUGGAAAUUCCGAUAAUAAACGUAAACCCCAAAGGAUUGUAUUAAAGCACGAUUAAAUUAUUUUACUUCAAGAUUUAUUCACUUCAUUUGAUUUCUUUCUUCUUAUUGCUCUUAAGAUAAUGUGUUUUUUCUCCUCAACCUCAACCUCUCUCCCAACCUUUCUCCCUCUCUCUCUCGCUCUCACAAUAGUUUUUAAUUAUAUUAAAACUUGUUCAAUUGUUAGAAAUUUAUUAUACAAUUUGCUGCAACGUUGUUUAGGCUUUAAAUGCUUAGACGUUUUAAUGGAAAAUAUUGAAAAAUCAUAAAAUAUUAAAAGUUUAUUGCCAACUAAGCUUAAUUUUCAAGUUUUAUAUAAUAUUUUUUUUUUUAAAUUAACAAUAUCUA